GCAACUCAAACUCAAACAAUUGUAGCUUGCUAGUUCUUUCUUUUGAUCAAACAAUGGCUUAUGUUAAGCAUGCUUUGGUUGUCAUCUUUCUUGCCGCUUUCGUAAUGUUUCCGAUGAAGAAGGUAGAAGGAUGUGACAAGACAUGGUGUACCUCAAUUAAUGCAUAUUGUGGAGAUAGUUGUGGUUGUCUGGCGUGGGGAAUUUUUGGUGGUAAUUGCAUAUACAGAGGUUAUAUUAAGAACGCAGUGAGAGAACAUUACAACUUAUGUGAAUCUGACGACGACUGCGUCAAGAAGGGAAGUGGGAGCAUCUGUGCUUAUUAUCCUAAUUCUGAACUCGAACAUGGAUGGUGUUUUACCUCUAACGUUGAAGCAGAACUCUACUUUCAACGUUGA